CGGGACGCCAUAUUUGCAUCUUUGUUCGUCGUUGCUGACUCUCAUCAAGUUAUUUACCGUUUCGAUGGCGCCCAAGAAAAAGACCAAUGAGAUAGUAACACGGGGUCGUAGUAAGUCAACUAGUCGGAGUACUUCGAGAGUUCGUGCACGAACCCCAAGCUCUGCACGGUCUCGAUCGAAAACACCUACUAGGCGAGCGCGUACGCCAGCCUCUGAAUCCAAGGUGAGACGUAGACGUUCUCCGAGCGUUGACCCAAGUGAAGAAUCUGUCAAAAGUGUUACAAAAACAACCCAAUAUACCGAGACUGUUUUUGACCGCCCUGUUCAAACUGACGUGUUAAAAUCAUUGCCUCUAAACCAUGGACUGUCUCGUUUUUCCCAAAAAAUUAUCAAGAAAAUAGAAACAGAGAAACCAACUCAUUUCUAUGAAGAAGGACUAGUUCACAAGCCGGAAGCGAUCCAACCACACAAACCAGUAACACUAACUCCACUCUUAACAAAUUAUCGUAAAACGUUGUUUAGUCCAACUGUUGUUGCCAUUAUUCAAUAAGCAAUUUUUCCGGAGAAAAUAAAAGCUUAUGGGAAUCAGCGUUCCCACUAAUUGAAAUUCUUUGGCCAACUGGUGAUAAUAAAAGUUUGUGGGGUCCUGCACGUCCAUUUCUUGGAGUUCUUUGGCCAACUGACUGGCACAACUAUAUCAAUAUCCAGAGUUCCGUGCUCGUCUUUAUGUAUCUUUUGUUGCAGUGUCUAGUUGCUCGUUUUCUCCCUAUUGGUCGAAUUGUUACAACGGGGAUCCGAAAUAUCGACUACCGCUGUAAUAGUCUGAUGUCUUUUAUCAUCUUCAUUGGGUUUUUUGCUUUCGCUGAAAUUUCCGAGUGUACUACAAUCAGAAACUUAAAACCAAGUGAAAUGCUUCCAAACCUGUGGCUCAGUUUACUGACUUCAUCUUGUUUGGCGUCUCUUUUUUUGUCGUUUGUUGCGUAUUUCGCCUCUAAGACAGUUGUACGAUAUACAAGACAAUCAGCGGCCAAAACAAGUAGUAUUUUCCUUGAUUUUUGGUGUGGUCGUCACGUACGACCCCAGUGGUUUGGUAUUGAUUGGAAAAUGACUAUAACACGGUCGGGAUUGAUGGCAUUGCCCUUAAUAGACUUAACGUAUAUAUUCAGACAGUAUGAGCAAUAUGAACGCAUUAGCCCGGCUCUUGCUGCGCAUGCUCUUAUGCACGCUUUAUGGGUGCUUGACUUCUUCAUUUUCGAGCAUACCUUCUCCUUUACUUACGAAGCGCAAUCCGUAACAUUUGGUUCUUGCUUUAUUAUCAGUCGACUGGUCGCUUUACCUUUCGUAUAUUCCAUAACAAGUUCAUACUUGUCUUCAAGACCUGAUGUUGGCAGACAGCUAACUAGUUCUUCAAAACAUAGUUGUAAUGCUUGGAUUAUGGGAAUUGCUAUUGUUUUAUUUUUACUGGGAUUAUGGAUUCAUCGUAGAUCAAACAACCAGAAAGAUAGAUUCAGACGUGAUCCUCACGAUCCAUCGUUUGCUAAUGCUGAAAUAGUUGUUGGACCGGGUGCUCAACGAUUACUAGUUUCGGGUCUUUGGGGUUAUGUUCGCCACCCAAAUUAUGUGGGUUACAUUAUUUUGGCCGUGGCAAUGCAGAUUCCAUGCGGUUUCGACUCUCCAUUGUUAUGGGGAAUUUCCGCUAUCACAAUUCUCAACAUUAUUCAUCGUUCUAUAGUUGUGGAGGAUGCUUGUUUAAGAAAACAUGGUCCAGCAUGGCAAAAGUACACAGCCUUGGUGCCGUAUCGGUUCAUACCUAAAGUUUUUUAAUUACUACUUAUUUCAUAAUAUUUAUUGCAUUUAUGUCAAUGUGUUUUACAUAUUUUUCGCUCAAUGGUCAAUUCUUAUAAGUUUUAAUGUUUAUAGAUUUAUGCUCUUUGUUUUAAUACAAACUUUUAGAAUUCUUCAAAUUGGCAGCAUUCAUAUAUCCAAGUUUUGUUAUUACAAUCUAUUAGGUGUACAGUUUUCUAUUUAACCUUUUUUUACUCCCAAUGUUUUAUUCUAAUAAUAAGUCGAUGUUUUUUAAUCUAAUUGCUUAUCCCCAUAAAAAAUUACAAAAGAACAAUA